CUUUUAUUUCUAUCAAAAAAAUGGCUAUAGGAUUUGGAAGCAAAGACAAAAAGAAUAGUAGCAAGGCUUUGGAUGAAGAACCGCCUUCAGAAAAUGAUGUCGACAAGUUAUCCGUCAAGAACUUGGAAGAAAAGAGUCAAUUUAGAGAAUUUAAAGAGUUUUUAAAAGUAGUUAUCAGUUUCACAGGUGACCUCUCUUCACUCACCUGCCCAGCUUUCUUCUUGAAUGGUCUCUCUUUAUUAGAAUAUGGCACCUACUGGGGUGAUCAUCCUGCUCUUUUCCAAGCUGUUACUCAAGCACAAUCUCCCGAAGACCGCAUGCUGUCUAUCUGUCGCUGGUUUAUUUCUACUCUAUGGGGUAGUUACGCUUCCCGUUGCACAGGUGGUAAAUUUGAAAAGAAGCCUUAUAAUCCAAUCUUGGGUGAGCAAUUUUUUUGUACCAUGGGCGAUGCUAAAUGCAUCUGUGAGCAAGUCUGUCAUCACCCCCCAAUUUCUGCCUUUUAUCUCGAAGACGAAAAGGCAGGUGUCAGUUUAAAUGGCCAUACUGGACAAAAAUCAAAAUUCAAAGGAACUUCUAUCCGUGUUGAACAAGUGGGGCGAGCUGUUUUAUAUCUCAAGCAAUAUGAUGAGCAAUACAUGCUUGAUUUUCCAGAUAUUCUUAUUCGAGGUGUACUUACUGGUGGAGCCUUUAUUGAAUUAGGAGGAGUAUGUACAAUUGUGGGCAGCAAUAACACAAAGGCAACGAUCGAGUUUGUACCCAAGCCAUGGUUUGGUGGAGAAUAUAAUCACAUCAAGGGAUGGAUUUAUCACGAUGACAAAGUUCAAUACCAACUUUCGGGCCGCUGGAGUCAUCAAUCAUUUUACUCAAAAGGAAAGGAUAGCAAAAAGGAGCUAUUAUUUGAUGCAGAAGCUGAACCGAUGGCAAAGCGUGUGACACCACCUGUUGAGGAACAAUCUGAAAUUGAAUCACACCGCGUUUGGGGACCAGUAACAGAAGCACUAAAGCAAAAGAAUUACAAGGUGGCUAACAAGGAAAAGACACGAAUUGAAGAAUGGCAACGAGGUAUUCGUAAAGAAAGGGAGGAAAAGAAGGAAGUUUGGGAGCCAAAGUUGUUCAAGUUCGAAAAAGAUGACGAUGCGUCAAAUGGAACCGACUAUCAAAAGAAAAACCAUGCAUUAAGAACAAAAAUGGACUUGCAUCAUCACUUAGAUUCGGGUGCUUGGACUUAUGUUCACUCACUUCACACAAGAAAGCAGUAGAUUAGCAUCAUAAUAGUACAUAAUAAUAAAUUCAUUACAG